CGACGCCUGCGUGUUUCCGGCUCCGCUGCGGAAGGUGGGCGACUGGAGCCGUUGGGCCGGCUGCGAGCCAUAGUGCGGGAGGCGAGUGCUUGAGCUCGGCGGCGCGAUGGGCGGAGAGCAGGAAGAAGAGAGGUUCGACGGCAUGUUGCUGGCCAUGGCGCAGCAGCACGAGGGCGGCGUGCAGGAGCUUGUAAACACCUUCUUCAGUUUUCUUCGACGUAAAACAGACUUCUUCAUUGGAGGAGAAGAGGGGAUGGCAGAGAAGCUGAUCACACAGACCUUUAGCCAUCACAACCAGCUAGCACAGAAGGCUCGGAGAGAGAAGAGAGCUCGGCAGGAGACUGAGCGGCGGGAGAAGGCAGAGCGGGCAGCCAGGAUGGCGAAGGAGGCCAAGUCAGAGACCUCUGGACCCCAGAUCAAAGAGCUGACUGAUGAGGAGGCAGAGAGGUUGCAGCUGGAGAUUGACCAGAAAAAGGAUGCUGAGAAUCAUGAGCUCCAGGUCAAGAAUGGCAGCCUUGACUCACCAGGAAAGCAGGUGAGAUGGACUGAAGAGGAAGAAGAAGAUGAGAAGGACAAAGGGAAACUAAAGCCCAAUCUUGGUAAUGGAGCAGACCUGCCCAAUUACCGCUGGACGCAGACCCUGUCAGAGCUGGAUCUGGCAGUGCCCUUUCGUGUGAAUUUUCGCCUGAAGGGGAAGGAUGUGGUGGUGGACAUCCAGCGGCGGCACCUCCGGGUGGGACUCAAGGGCCAGCCGGCCAUCAUUGAUGGGGAGCUGUACAACGAAGUGAAGGUGGAGGAGAGCUCGUGGCUCAUUGAAGACGGCAAGGUGGUGACUGUGCAUUUAGAGAAGAUCAACAAGAUGGAGUGGUGGAGCCGCUUGGUGUCCAGUGACCCUGAGAUCAAUACUAAGAAGAUAAACCCUGAAAAUUCUAAGCUGUCGGAUCUGGACAGCGAGACACGCAGCAUGGUGGAAAAGAUGAUGUAUGACCAGAGACAGAAGUCCAUGGGGCUGCCUACCUCAGAUGAGCAGAAGAAACAGGAGAUUCUGAAGAAGUUCAUGGAUCAGCAUCCAGAGAUGGAUUUUUCCAAGGCCAAAUUCAACUAGUUCCUGUGUUUGCCUCCCUGAAUUCUUGGGGCUGAACACUAAGUCAUUCACCUUCCUUUCUGAAUCCUUCCCCGGGACUUGGGGGCCUCAGGGCUAGGGCAGGCAUGAGACUGGCCCAGGCACUCGGGUCCCAGGGCAUCACCGGAGAAGUGCUAGGGCCUUUGGUGGGAAAACUCAUGUCCUCCCAGUUGGCCUACAGUUACACAUUAAAACUAUUUACCCAGCCCCA